UUCGCCCCUCUCCGCCCCACGCGUAGCAGCAGAUUCACGAAACAUGGCACCGAUGGAGGGGCAGCAGUUGAGCGAUGCCGACUUGGAGCCAGGCCUUUCGACGAGGGAGGAGUCGACCACCUCAGCCUGCCAGGAGUCGACUCCUUGGAGGCUGCUUGGACGACCUACUCCAACCACGCACGCAGGGCGCUCGCUGCGAUGCGGAAGUCGUGGCGGGCGAAUCGGUGCUCACGCCCAACGACGUGGGCGUCCAGGCAGACAGCGGGAGCCCGCUACCGGACUGGGCGCGACAGCGCAUCGACAGCUUCCUCACAGGCCUGGCUUCCGGUGUAGACCAGAAGACCCUUCAGGAGUUGCUCACUCUGUUGCCCACCUUGCCGGCGCCGGGCCCCACGGUCUUGUUAGACGAGAUCCGCUUGCGGCAGCCGGAGCUCUUCGAGCGGCUCUAUGAGAGCAUGAGGCGAACGAAGCAGCGGCAGAGCGCAGCAUGAGUUUCACGAUGGGUGAUGUCUCGCUUCCCAUAGCAAAGUCCAUGGGGUGAAGAGGAAACCACUGUUGAACAUUUGUGAGCAGCCAUUGACUAGCUGAUUGCAAGACUUAUCGGCUACUUUGAAGUGUUUGAACUGGAG